AUGGUCGCCUGUGAAGUUUGGUGGACUUCGGACACACGGUUUGGGAGAUGGCCGAAGGUUGUUCUCCAUGCACGCACCAUGGCCGAGAGAAAUAGACCGGAUGGGAUAUCUCAAGAUCUACUCGGGCCAAUUGAGGUUUUAUUCGACCGAAUUGAUUCUAUAAUCCCUUUAUCAUUCCCAGGUGGUGACCGCCAUGUUCCUUGUGUUGUGUAUGAAUCUCCUUUGAAACCUCCUUUGAACCGCCAUAAGUAUGGUGGUUUUGGUUGGUUAAACAACUCUUCUGUAUCUCCUUCCUGUCAAAUAGUUAAGUCCUUGCAAAAAACUUGA